AUGGACGGCUUUGAUGCUACUCAAGCUCCAGCGGCUUACAAAACCGUUGAGCCCAUUGUCAAUAUCCUCACCUUGGCCAUGACGUUGGGCUGGCUAGUCAACUACGCUGGCAUGAUCCAUAUUUCUUUCAAAGAGAAGACAUACGCAAUGGGCAUUAUGCCUCUCUUAAUAUACCCACCAAAAAAUCGAUUGGAACUGAUCGUUACGGCAACUGCGCUUAUAGUCAACGUCGCGAUCAUGUACAGCGCCAUGAGACACUCACCCAAUGAAUGGUCCCACGCACCCUUGGUCCAACGGAACCUUCGGUACAUCUUUGCCGUUGCGGCGUUCUGCCGAUUGCUUCUCGGCACCGGUGGCCUGUGUCAAUUGCUAUGUCGGGGAAGUAGUCGUGGGGCGUCGAAUCUUCUGUGGAUAUCGAGGUUUAUUGGUUCUCUUAGCUUAGUGAGUAUGGCUGCGUUACGUUGGAGGUACUGGCCUGAGGCAUUUGCCUGGCUGGACAAUCCUCUGAUUUUGUGGUCGGUGGGGAUGUUUCUCUUUCUAGAUUUGUCAUAUGGCCUUUGCUAUUGGUACAUCCUGAGAGUCGAAAACUUGAACAACAAUCGGGACAGUUGA